GAAUUUUUUAAUAACACAGACAUGCAUGCGUUCUCAGGCUCUGUAACUGUGAUUACAGCUAUGUUGCUUGUCGAGAUGUAAACUCGGGCGCAUAUACGAAACGUUUGUUUUCUGAACGAAUGGUUUGAAUUAUUUUCCUGCUGAGGAAUGCAGUUUGAGUUGUGCAUAUAAUACUUUGUAUUCGCUCUAAGUGUUUACAAGAACAAUGUGUGGAGUGGUUUUCGGUGAGUCAAGUUUAAAAUAUAAUUUCUACGAUAAGGACGAGUGUAGUGUAUUUUAGAGCCGAAUUCGGUUGCUUAACAGAUGAAAUGACGGACUGCUGUGCCCGGUUUGAAACAAAGAUUGGAUAUUGCACGGCUGCUACGGUGUCAAGUCUGAAACAAAGAUGGGAUAUUGCACGGACGUUAUUAAUGUUUUAGGAAAAUGAAUGGAAAUGGAACAUAUUAAUAACAAAAACGUUUGGUGUUAGUAGUAAUUUUGUUUACAUUAUUGAACAUGUGGCAUCCAUUUGUCAAUAUGCAAGGAAAAACAAAUGCUUUCAGGGCUUGUAAAAGUCGAUUGACAGUCCGAUUCAUAUUGUUUAGUUUUAUGACGCUGGUUGUCGUAGUUUUGUUUCACUUGUUUGAGUCAUCCAAUCGCCUUUCUACUGUUAAAGUCUUCUCCAUUAAAAUGAAGUCAGGUGCGAUAAAUGCAUUCAACCAUGUGUUAGAUUUGUACUUUACAAACUCAACCAUUUUUAAAACAAACAUAACAUUUGAAUUAUCAACUAUCACGUACAGUGACUCUAGUUUUUUUGAGAAGCAAUAUGAUCGUUUCAACCUGGAAAUGCGCCAAACAGCAAUCGCCCCCAGCAAGAAUGAACCCCUGAAUGUUACCGCAUACAACAGCGUUUCCUUGGUUGAUCUUAAUUUAACACGAACCGAAGCAAGCAUAGAGAAUAUGUUAGCAAUUAAAUCACGUAUGAAAAACGGACUUUUUGAAAAAGACGAGAUGCCACAGAAUACAACUGUGCGCCAGAGUGACUGUGAUAAUUGUUUUAAACAUGAUUUUGAAUAUGUUAUUCAGAACGACCACAUCUGCGACACAUUGGAAAUUCGCGACAAAAUUGAUCUCCUUAUACUUGUCACCACCGUGCACAAGAAUGGCUUUAUUCGCCAGACGUUACGGCGCACAUGGUUGUCGUACACGAAAAACAAUACUGCAAUUGUUAGGCACGUUUUCCUCCUAGGAAAAACAGCAGACGAUAGAUUACAGGAAUUUGUGAUGAAGGAAAAUGAAAUGUAUCACGAUAUUGUUCAGGAGACGUUUAUCGACAGUUACCAUAAUCUUACUUACAAAACAAUAAUGGGCUUUAAAUGGGCAUCAACAAAAUGUUCGAAUGCAAAGUUUGUUAUCAAAACAGAUGAUGACAUGUGGGUCAAUGUACCUUCUUUAAUUACGUUAUUGUCUGGAACUGACAUGUCAAACUAUUUACAAACAGGACUUACCGGCUCAUGUAGUCCAAAGGCAUCUCCAAUCAGGAAUAAAAAUUCAAAAUGGUACGCGUCUUUCAUUUCCUAUCCGGACAAAUUUUAUCCAGGGUUUUGUUCAGGGACUGGAUACAUGACAAGCAUUAAUGUCGUGUCGGAUAUUUACAAUGUUUCUCCGCACGUGCCCUUCUUCCAUCUGGAAGACGUCUAUGUUGCGCUGUGCGCGAGGAAACUCGGGUUUUCGUUAAAGAAAACUUUAGGUUUCUUCGCAGAGCCCAAACUUAAUUUAUGUGAUUACAAACAGGAUGGCGUCUUAACAGUUCAUCAAGUGAGGCCUUCGAUGUUGACUGUGAUAUGGAAAAAAACUUGCAGUCCUGUUGGAUUAUGGAAGUUAUAACUAAGCGAAAUUAAAUAAUAUGGUCAUUUGCUAACCGGCUUGCAUAACUUAAUUAAGUCACAUUUGUUUAAGUUUGUAAUAUUAAGAAAACUGUUGGGAGCCAUUAGUUAAAAAACCUUUGUAAACGUUUUCUUUGGACAGUAUGGUUAGUUCAAAUUACGUGCAAAAAGGCUGAUACUAAUACCUAUUCAAAUUGUGUUUUAGUUGUGUUUGCUGAUUUACACAGAAAAGCAUAAUAUAUUGUAAUCGAUAGAGAAAUAUUUCUAAUAUUGCUGCCGUGUUUUGAAUAGAUUGAUCAAGUGAGCUUAAUUGACUUUCUAGACUUUAUGUCUACUGUCUGAAACCACAACACUUGCAUUGCUGUAUUGUAUGCACAAAUGUGAUAUAUUUUUAAUAGGGAAAACAACAAAUUUUUUAGCUCACCUGAUUGCUCAGGUGUGCUUUUGUGACCGGUUUUUGUCCGUCGUCCGUCCGUCCGUUAACAUUUGUUCAUAAACACUAUAGAGGCCACAUUUAUUGUCCGAUCUUUAUGAAACUUGGUCAGAAGCUUCGUCCCAAUGAAAUCUCGGUCGAGUUCGAAACUGGGUCGUUCCGGUAAACACUAGGUCACUAGGUCAAAAAGAGAAAGAAAAAACUUGUAAACACUGUAGAAGUCACAUUUUAUGCCCAAUAUUCAUGUAACUUUGUCACAAUGUUUGUCUUAAUAAUAUGUUGAGUUCCAAAGUGGUUCCGGUCCGUUGAAAAACAUGGCCGCCAGUGGGCGGGGCAGUUUUUCUUAUUUGGCUAUAGAGAAAUCUUAUAAACACUCUGGAAUUCACAAUUUUUGCUCAAUCAUCAUGAAAGUUUAUCAAAAGAUUGGUUUUAUUGAUUUCUCGGACGAGUUCGAAAAUGGUCCAGAUCGGUGAAAAAACUUGACCGCCAGUGGGCGGGGCAUUUUUCUCCAUAUGUAUAUAGUGAAAUCAUGUCAACACUCUAGAAGUCA